AUGGCAGUGGCUUUUGAUGCAAUGCUGGCUCGGGUCAAGGAUGUUUGUAAAAGAAAUGGUUUGCUCAUUCUGUCAGUACUGUCUGUCAUAGUGGGAUGUCUUCUUGGAUUCUUCCUCAGGACCAGGCGGCUCUCUCAGCAGGAAAUUAGUUAUUUCCAAUUCCCUGGGGAGUUAUUGAUGAGGAUGCUGAAAAUGUUGAUUCUACCACUGGUUGUCUCAAGCUUAAUGUCUGGACUAGCAGCCUUGGAUGCUAAGACUUCCAGUCGAUUAGGCAUCAUAACCGUCACUUACUAUCUAUGGACAACAUUUGUGGCUGUGAUUGUGGGAAUAAUUAUGGUCUCCAUUAUCCAUCCUGGUGGAGCAGCCCAGAAGGAGAACACCGAAGAGAGUGGAAAGCCAAUUAUGAGCUCUGCAGAUGCAUUGCUAGACUUAAUUCGGAACAUGUUCCCAGCCAACCUUGUUGAGGCCACAUUCAAACAGUAUCGCACCAAAAGCAUUCCUAUAAUCAAAUCCAACAAGGCAGCUUCUGAAAGCACCACUCGUCGGAUCAUAAUAUAUGGGGUCCAGGAUGAGAAUGGAUCCAAUGUCCAGAAUUUUGCCCUGGAUAUUACUCCCCCUCCAGAAGUGAUUUACAAAUCUGAGCCAGGCACCAGCGAUGGCAUGAACGUGCUGGGGAUUGUGAUAUUCUCUGCCACCAUGGGUAUAAUGUUGGGCAGAAUGGGUAACAGUGGAGUUCCCUUGGUCAGUUUUUGCCAGUGUUUAAAUGAAUCUGUCAUGAAGAUAGUGGCCGUUUCUGUGUGGUAUUUUCCUUUUGGAAUAGUGUUUCUUAUUGCUGGCAAGAUCUUGGAAAUGGAUGAUCCUACAGCUAUUGGGAAGAAGCUGGGCUUUUAUGCCAUUACUGUGGUUUGUGGCCUGGUGGUUCAUGGACUGUUCAUUCUGCCAAUGAUGUACUUCUUUAUCACUAAGAAAAACCCCAUUGUUUUCAUCAGAGGGAUUCUUCAAGCCUUGCUAAUUGCUCUGGCCACAUCAUCCAGCUCAGCCACAUUGCCUAUAACUUUCAAGUGCUUGUUGGAGAAUAACCAUGUUGACAGAAGGAUUGCCAGAUUUGUGCUGCCUGUUGGGGCCACGAUCAAUAUGGACGGAACUGCCCUAUAUGAAGCGGUGGCAGCAAUCUUUAUUGCUCAAGUAAACAAUUAUGAGCUGGAUUUUGGACAGAUUAUUACUAUAAGUAUCACAGCAACAGCUGCCAGCAUCGGUGCUGCAGGGAUCCCACAAGCUGGCCUCGUGACUAUGGUCAUUGUUCUGACAUCAGUUGGGCUGCCUACCGAUGACAUCACUUUAAUUAUUGCAGUUGACUGGGCAUUAGACAGAUUUAGAACAAUGAUCAAUGUCUUGGGAGAUGCCCUCGCUGCUGGAAUCAUGGCUCAUGUCUGCAGAAAGGAGUUCACCAAGGAUGGUGAUGAGGUGCCAUUGAUCUGUGAAACUAAACCCAUCAGCAUUCAUCAAAUCAUGGCUUACCAGAGAAAUGGUUGUGUGAAGAACAUGAGUGAGUCUCAUGGACCAGAAACAGUGAAAGCGUUUCAGCACCACAUACCUAUACAAGUGGAGCAAGAACUAAACCCAGCGGAGAACCACACAAAGAAAUCCAACAGUAAAGACCACUGCGCUAUUGAAAUCAAUGAACUGGAAACAAAUGUGUAAUUGCUACGUUUGAUGGUAUCUGAUACCCAGUGACCUGGUACCCAAUCACUACCUCACAGCUGGAGGGAGGACUCUGUCUUAUAUGGAAAAAAAUGUGGAGUUAUGGUCAGCAUGCUUGUACUGGAGCUAGGAGACUAGCUGUGAUGAGAAA